GAAGAGGAGAGACAAAGGAGGAUCAAGAAAAGGAGAAGGAUCCACGAGGUCGAGCACUCCCUGAAUUCACAGCCCCCUCCACCCGUGGGAUCAUCGCCCCCCAUCCCGCAAGAAUUCCCAUUCCCAAACCUUGGCCAGAUGGAGGACGAGGCUGCGAGGAAGAGGAAGAUGCCCCGGGAGCCCCAGGCAGACAAGGAGCUGAGCACGGAGCCCAGGGAGGACAAAUCCCCGCGGCAGAACCUGGUGGAAGAGGCCGUUUUGAGCAGCUCCACGGCGCAGGAAUCCAACGGGGAGGAAAAGCCCCAGAGAUCCUGCAGGAGGAGGGGCUGCAAACACAGCCCAGGGUGCUCUGAGGAGGAAAGACCCACCCUGUGCCGGGAAGGCGGCUGGAGAUCCAGCCAGAGGUCAGAGCUGGUGGUUCAUGAGCAGCUUCACGAUGGGGAGAAGCCCCACAAGUGUGGGGAAUGUGGGAAGAGCUUCAGCCGGAGCUCCCACCUGAUUGACCACCAGAUGAUCCACACUGGGGAGAGACCCUAUGAGUGUGGGGAAUGUGGGAAGAGCUUCAGGCGGAGCUCCAGCCUGAUCCGCCACCAGCGCAUCCACACAGGAGAGAGGCUCUACGAGUGUUCCGAGUGUGGGAAGAGGUUUCAGACCAGUUCCAGUCUCCUCCUGCACCAGCGGAUUCACACGGAGGAGAGGCCCUUCCGCUGCCCCGACUGCAGGAAAGGAUUCAAGCAAAAGUCCCACCUCCUUACCCACCGGCGCAUCCACACUGGGGAGAGGCCCUACGAGUGUCCCGAGUGUGGGAAGAGCUUCUCCAGGAGCUCUCACUUGACCCAACACCAAUGGAGGCACCGGUAAGGGAAGCCCUGAGAGUGCCCUGAUUGCGGGAAGAGCUUUGUCCGCUGCUCCAACUUCAUCCCCCAUCAGAGGACCCACAUUGGGAAGAGCCCUGGUGCAGUGGUUUGGUCCAAAAUACUCAUUACUGUUUAUCUUCUGUGAGAUAAGA